AGGGAGCGGAGGAUAGGAGGAAGAGUGGAGUGAGAGAGAAAGAGAGACAGGCUGGCUAUCAAGGGCUCGUGUGUGCAUGCUUGUGUGAAUGCGUGAAAGUCUGAGCGCGCCGAAACAAAGACGCAAUUUUUUUUUUCUCAUCCGGAGAAACAUUGCAGCGGAAACUUUAAACUUUUACCCGCCAGAACGGCAGCGCCGUGCCGGGUCCCGGCUUUGUCUCGCGACGGGGGGAAGUACGCCAAUUCAGGCGAGAAUAUAAAUAAACGGCGCCGCUUUUUGGAUACACAUUUUUGCCCACACAACAAGGGAAACAUUUGUUAUUGUGAUUGUUUAGGGGAGUGAGAGAAUGGCGGCCAACAUGUAUCGAGUUGGAGAUUAUGUGUAUUUUGAAAACUCUUCCAGCAAUCCGUAUCUGAUCCGCCGAAUAGAAGAGCUCAAUAAGACGGCCAAUGGAAAUGUAGAAGCCAAGGUGGUUUGUCUCUUCAGGCGGAGAGAUAUAUCUGCCAACCUGAACACACUGGCAGAUAGCAAUGCAAGAGACUUUGAAGAUGAGUCCAAGCAACCUUCAACAUCAGAACAGCAGAAACACCAGCUCAAGCACAGAGAACUGUUCCUGUCUCGACAGUUUGAGUCUCUUCCUGCCACACACAUACGAGGGAAAUGCAACGUCACACUUUUGAAUGAAACUGAUGUUUUAACUAGCUACCUAGAGAGAGAGGACUGUUUCUUCUACUCUCUGGUGUUUGACCCAGUACAGAAGACCCUGCUGGCAGACCAGGGAGAGAUUAGAGUAGGAUCCAAAUACCAGGCAGAGAUCCCUGACAAACUGUCUGAAGGUGAAUCAGACAGUCGAGUGCAGGAGAAGCUUGAGACGAAGGUUUGGGAUCCUAAUAACCAGUUGAAGGAUCCUCAGAUUGACCAGUUCCUGGUGGUGGCACGAGCCGUUGGCACAUUCGCACGUGCACUAGACUGUAGCAGUUCCAUUCGCCAGCCCAGUUUGCACAUGAGUGCAGCUGCAGCAUCUAGAGACAUCACACUGUUCCACGCCAUGGACACACUGCAGAAGAAUGGCUAUGACCUGGCCAAGGCCAUGUCCACACUGGUGCCGCAGGGCGGCCCAGUACUGUGCAGAGAUGAGAUGGAGGAGUGGAGCGCCUCAGAGGCCAUGCUGUUCGAGGAGGCUUUGGAGAAAUACGGCAAAGACUUUAACGACAUCCGCCAAGACUUUUUGCCCUGGAAGUCAUUAGCUAGUGUGGUCCAGUUCUACUACAUGUGGAAAACUACUGAUCGUUACAUCCAGCAAAAAAGACUAAAGGCAGCAGAGGCUGACAGCAAACUCAAACAAGUGUACAUCCCCACCUACACCAAACCCAACCCCAACCAGAUCAUGGCUCCUGGAAACAAGCCUGGCAUAAACGGGGCCACCGGCUACCAGAAAGGCCUCAGCUGUGAAAGCUGCCACACUGCCCAGUCUCAGCAGUGGUAUGCAUGGGGUCCUCCCAACAUGCAAUGCAGACUCUGUGCAUCCUGCUGGAUUUACUGGAAGAAGUACGGUGGUCUGAAGACCCCCACCCAACUAGAGGGUGCCGCAAGAGCUGGCACGGACGCGGCUCCACGUGGUCACAUGACCCGCCAGGAAGUACAGGGCAUGUCCCCAUUCACCAGCAGUGCCGGAAGAGCUAAACUUCUAGCAAAAAACCGUCAGACCUUCAUCCUUCAGACCACCAAACUCACUCGAAUCGCCCGUCGGGUGUGCCAGGACAUCCUGCAGUCUCGCCGAGCAGCCCGUCGCCCCUACGCUUCUAUUAAUGCCAAUGCUGUCAAAGCAGAGUGUAUGAUAAGGCUUCCAAAAGCGACGAAGAGUGGUGUGAAGAACCGCAUUAUUCCACGACCAUCCCUUGUUAAUAUAGUUAAAGAAUUGGCUGUUCAAGCUCCUUUGAAACUCAAAGCCCCUCGAGGUGCACCAACCCCUAUCAACCGUAACCAGGGCAACCAGCCACGGAGCGCAUCGGCUCUACUGGGCAAGAGGCCCUUUGAAAAUGUUGGAGGCCAUUCUUUCUCCACCAAUGGAAGACCGUUCACAUCUGGAAUGAGAGCAGCCACCCAGUCAGUCAUCAAGAGGCAGAAGGUCAGCCAAGGAGAUGCACCUAAUCCAGUUGUGUUUGUGGCUACAAAAGACACCAGGGCUCUGAGGAAACACCUCACUCAGUCAGAGAUGAGGCGGGCGGCCAGAAAACCACACCUCCCACUCAGAGUCAAACUUCCCCUGCCACCCCGGCCACUUCCUGUACCCAUCUUACCCUCCAGCACCAGCGAGCCAAUUGUGUUGGAGGACUGAGAGAUGUUCCGACAGACCACAUCCUUUGCCAGAGCACGUUAAAUCCAGCCAUUAUCAGCUGUUCUUCUCUACUUCUCGUCUUCUGUUGUGCCCAAAAUCAUAUACCCACAAAAACUCUCAUGCACAGAUGACAAACCCUUUAUUGUUACACCAGCAUACACCAGACUUCAAAGCAUUUUACUCCCAGUGUUAUAGCUUAAGAGUUCAAUUCUCUCCUUUCCCAUUGCUUCUUUUUUAUUGCCAAUAAUUUUAACUGUAAUGUAAAGCAAACCAUGUUCAUUCUAAAAUGGUGUAAAAGCACACUUUUCUUUUGUUUUCUCCAGCUUUCUUUAUUUGUAUUAAUAUUAACAGCAUUUUUCAAAAGUGUGUUAUUGUGCAUAUGGAAGGUGUAAAUUCUAUGAGAGAGUAAACCGUCUUUUUACCAACUUUUUCUUAAUUUCUUAGGUUGUUUGUGUUCAAAAACCAGAGGAUGAAUUGCUUUGUUUUUGUACUAGAUAAUGAUGGACUAAUCAGGACACAUCUGACUUGUACAUGUGGUUCUAGUUUUUCAGGCACAGUUCCAACACACUUAUGGACAGCAAUACAGCAAAGGUCUCCAUUUAUGUAUUAUUCUUUAUACAAUAGAUCUGCAACUGGGAUGGGUUUAUUUUUUACUGGGAUAGUUUCCUGGUUUUGCAGGGUUUCUUUUGUUUGUUUUUUUACCCAAAAUCCUACAACUUAACUACUCCAUUCAGUGAUAUGUGAAGGUCUUAUAGGAUUCUAGCUUAGUACAAACUUUUGAUUACUUGGGAAGGCUUCUGAUUUAGUAAAGUGUCAAAUAUGUUUAUUUGAAUGUGAGGCAAUCCUGUUUGAGGAGCCCAGUGGUUUCCCAGAGCUUCUCAAGAUCAUCCCUCUAUAGAGGUUUUAGAAGUUGGUUGAUCUCAAAAUCAGUUUGGUCUGUUUUGUACGUCAAUAUUGACACUUUUCCUUAAAUUACAUCAUGAACAAAGCCAUAAUUUGUUUACCACUUGCAUGUCUUUCCAUGCAUAUGUUGCCACACUCACAUUGGCAUCGUAAAUGUCUUGGGUAAAUCAAAAUGGUAAUCUGGGGGCUACUGGAAAGAUGUUUGUUAUUGUAGAUAAUGAAACAACAAGGAUAUUUGUAUGAGAGUAAUGUUCUUUGAUGAGAUUUUCUUGUGGUUCAACUGAAGGCUGAUACUGAUGCAUAUCCCCCCCCCUUAUGAUUUUUGUCUUAACAUUGGACGAUAUGUAGAGCUGAACAGUUGGGCUUUUUGGCAGAUUUGUUGGCUUGAGAUUUGUCAACACAAAAUCCAUUGUAAAUCUUUUCCCCCGAUUAGGGGUUUUGUAAUGUUUCUUAAACAAAUGAAGCGUGCACCGCACACUAAAUAAAUGUUAACCUGUCCCUUUCUAAGUUUCACCAGUUUUUUUAUGAAGGUGGUUUUGUACCCCCACAAUGUUUUUUUUUUUUUUUUAAACAUGGCAAAAAAUAUUUUAACAUUGUUCUGAAUAAUGGGAUGGGUGGGGGAAGGGAGGGAAGACUGGUUGAUUUUAAGGGUGUGAAGGAUUUUUGAAAUCUUUGUUUGAAAUCACCAAACUUUUUUUUUUUUUUUAUAUACUUCAGUGUCUGUAUCCUUUAAUGUAUCUUGUGAUAAGAAAAUUAAUAAAGAUUUUUUUUGU